GUCAGACAUACUCCUCCUCCGCCCUGGCUGAGGCCGCGGGCUGCUUUCCAGGACAGUACAAAGAUCUGAGAGGCUUUUGACGGAGUCGGAGUGUGGUGAAGUCUGCUUUUGUUGCCGUCCAGAGAACUGAGCUUCCCAAACUUUUUUUCUUCCAACGUGAUCUCGAGGCUGGUGAACCCUCUGACGGGGAGAUGCCGCUGUUGGACUGGGGAGGACAAGGUCAAAGAACACGCGACACCAGGUUAUAGUCCUUCAGGUUUACUUAAAAACGCGAGAUUAACUAUAAUCUGGUGUCCCGUGUACUUUACGAGUCUCGUUGCGGUUGUUGGAUUUAGUUAAGGAAAAGAAUGGAUGCACCACUGCUGCCAAGGGAAGCUGGAAAAUUUAUAUCUGACAACAGCAAAGAUGUCUUUAUAUUAGAAAAAGGAGUUUGCAAGGUUGCUGAAAUGCUGUUUGAAAAAAGAAAUUCAAAGGAACUUGAUGCGACAGGAUGGAAACUACUUCAUGAUCUAAACCCACAAACAAUGAAUGAAGCAUCUGUCAACUGGGUAUUUGUCGUAGACACCCUCAAUUUUUCCUUUUGGUCUGAAAAUGAUGAUCACAAGUGUUUGAUUAAAUACAAAGGCAAAAUGCAUAGUGGCUUUUGGUCAUUUUGUGCUGCUAUUAACAGAGCACUAGAUGAAGGCAUUCCCAUUACCAGUGCAUCAUAUUUUGCGAAUACAACCCUAGAUCAACUGAAAUAUGUGCUACGUUCAGACACUGAAGUUCAAAUGCCUUUGAUUGAAGAACGUCUCAAAGUACUGAAAGAGGCUGGAAAUAUAUUGCUCGAGAAGUUUGAUGGUUCAUUCCUUAAUUGCAUUAAAAAGAGUGAAAACAGUGCUCAGAAGCUGCUACAGCUUAUAGUGGAAAACUUCCCAUCAUAUAGAGAUGAAACUAUAUUUCAGGGCAAGAAAGUUGCUUUUUACAAAAGAGCACAAAUCCUUAUAGCGGAUAUCUGGGGCCUACUUGAAGGGAAGGAGGAUGGUGCCUUUCAUGACAUAGCAAGUCUGACUAUAUUUGCAGACUACAGAAUUCCUCAAGUACUUGUCCACCUUGGAGCCAUGAAAUACUCAGAAAGACUAAUGGAGAAACUUAAACAAGGUGUCUUGUUCCAAUCAGGGGAUUGUGAAGAGGUGGAGAUUCGAGGCUGCUCCAUUUGGUGUGUUGAGUUAAUAUUGCGUCGCAUUCUGGAACUUGGAGCAGAGAAAGGAUGUGUCAAAGCACACAUCAAUUCUGUUUUGAUCGAUUACUUCUUGUGGGACUAUGCUAGAGAUCACCGAAAGGACAUGGCAGACAUUCCUAUCCAUCGUGUUCGCUGCAUCUAUUACUAAUUAGAUGUUAUGUAUUUCUAAAAAGUGAAAAGACGCAGCUUAUUUUGGGAGCAAGAACAGAAUGCUCAGUCACUUACGUUGCAGGCUCUUAUCUUGGUUCACAUUAUUUUAAUUUGCAAAUUCAUAUAUCUUUUACAAAACAUUGUAGUAAUAGCAAAUGCAACUAGAUGGUAUAAAAGAAAGCAAUGUAUUUCUUUAAGUAGAUUAGUGACCCAAGCUAAUUGUCUUCUGAAUUCCUAAAAGUUCCUCUGUAAUUUCAGUGCAGAAUGAAGAUAAAAUAUUUUUUCAGAAAGAAGUCUAAGGAAAAUGGGCUGGGUAUCUUCAGAGAGCUAGUCUAGUACUUGUACUUGUGUUCAAAUGAGAACAACAUUGAGUUGUCUACAUAUCUGCCUUACAUUGUAAUGUUAAGACUAAAUUGGAAAAUCUCUGGACAUUAAUAUCUCUGGACUCGACUUCGCAUGCUUGCAAAGAGUCAGCUAGCUUGUACAAGCUUGAAUAAACUUUAACUAUUUGUAGAA